CUUCGUUCAGCACAACGGGAAAGUGGGUUCAAGGGAAAUAUGACGUCUAUCGCCAAACGGACUCGGUGCACCUAACUUCGCUCAGUGCGACGGCGCAGUCUUGCCGGUUCUCACGACGUACAUUUAAUGACGUACUGCUUUCUACAAUGCGGGUACAUACCUACCUUUCAUGUCUGGUAAAGCAGACACGGCCGGAAUUUCCCCGUCUUACCUCCCUUACCUGCACUUCUUCCUUACCCCGCCCUGAAGCUUCUCGAUCCGGAUACGCGGUGCGUAGGUACUCUCUCUGUGUAUGCUGUGUAAGUCAGGGUGUCGGGUGUGUUGAACAUUGAGCCUCUAUCGGACCACAAGCUCUCCAACGAGCCCCGAUCAUCAAAGCACAGCCCCUCAAGGCAUUACCAUAUUUUCAUCAUGGUAUCUUCCUCUUCCUACCUCGUCUGCAACACCUGCGGCACGCAGCACGGCACGGCCGACCGCACCGCCCUGACGACGUGCUUUAUCUGCGAUGAUCCGCGCCAGUACACGCCGCCGUCGGGCCAGAGCUUCACCACCCUCGCGGCGCUGCGCGAGGCCGGCGAACACCACAACGAGUUUCACCCCUUCCGCCCGCAUCCUCUUCCUUCCCUCUCCGCAUCUGGACAGCCGCCCCUCUUCACAUCCAUCAUAACCGUUCCGAAGUUCGCCAUUGGCCAGCGCGCGGUGCUCAUACCGACGCCUGCGGGCAACGUGCUGUGGGAUUGCAUCACGUACCUGGAUGAGGAGACGGUGCAGAAAGUGAAUGACAUGGGCGGCGUCAAGGCGAUGGUGAUUUCGCACCCGCAUUUCUAUUCGUCGCACCUGGAAUGGGCGGAGCGGUUCAAUUGCAAGGUCUACCUUGCAGCGGACGACAAGCGGUGGCUUGCGCGGCGGAACGAGGAGAGGCAGUUGUUUUUGGACGAAAUCGAGACGAAGGUGGAGGUGGACGGGGUCGACACGGGAGUCAGGGUGGUCAAGUUGGGGGGCCACUUCCCGGGGAGCUUGGUUUUGCUCUAUGAGGGACAUCUCUUCACCGCGGACACGCUGAUGAUGACGCCGGCCGGGCGGAGCAACUGGAGCAUUGAUGCGCUGGGAAAUCCGAGGGAGCGGCCCAAGGGAGUGAAUACCUUCAGCUUUCUGUGGAGUAUCCCCAACAUGAUUCCCCUAAGCGCCGACGAAAUCAUGCGCAUGUGGCACAUUUUGAAGAACUACCACUUCACGAGCGCUCAUGGCCUGUUUCCGGAUUGGGACAUUGAGGAUCAAAGUCUCAAGGCGCGCGUCCUGGAGAGCAUGCAGAUCCAGAUCAGGGCGAUGGGACACGGCCAGCAUCCGUUGCUGGAGGAGUCGCUGUCAUGAUGCUUGAGUUAAGGUAUCGCUGCUAUUUACUACUGGCACAGGACGGCGGUCAGUUUGAUUUUUU